GCGGAUCCAUUGUAGUAGAGGGGGGCCUGGGAGGUCGUGAGGUCCAUUUUCUGUCUUUCCAUGACAUAUUGCGGGGGAAAGUUUAUCCGGAGUGCAUUUUAAACCGUUGAGGCUCUUCUCAUGCCCCGCUGGCACUCCGAGCCAUGGAAAAUGGACGCCCCGGAAUAUCCGCCAUCCUCUUCGACCUGGACAACACGCUCAUCGCCACCCGGAAGGCCGACAAGCAGACGUGCAGCCAGCUAGCGCAAAUUCUGUGGGAGAAAUGGGACGUUCCAACUGAUUUUGCAACGAAUGCCUCGAAAGCCUUUUUGAAGGCUUUCAGGAAAUGCCCCGAGAAUUUAUCGAUGAGUUUGGAUGCGUGGAGGAGGCUGCUUUGGGCUCAGGCGCUGGGGGAUCAGUACAACAAGUAUGCAGGGGAAGUGUAUCGCAUGUGGCUACAGUUGCGUUAUGACAACCUGGCUCUGUCUCCUGAAAUACAAAACUUGCUAAUAAAGCUGCGCCAGCACUACUUUGUCGGCUUGAUAACAAACGGCACGUCGAGGGCCCAAUGGGAGAAGAUCCAGCUGUUGCAUCUUCAGAGUUUUUUCGAUGUCGUGCUAGUGUCGGGGGACCUCCCGUGGGAGAAGCCCCACAGGGAGAUCUUCAACAUAGCUUGCGAGUAUCUGGGGGUCGAGCCGCAGCAAUGCAUCAUGGUGGGCGAUAAGUUAGAGACCGACAUCUUGGGGGGCUUGAAGGCGAAAUUGGGAGGGACAGUGUGGGUGCCCUUGAAUUCGAUCGAAGUUGGGGAUGAAGAUCCCAGGCCCGAUUAUGUUAUCAAAAACGUGACCGAAUUACCAAAUCUUUUACCGAAAAAUCCCAAAGUACCUAGGUUUAGGGGGAGAGAAGAAUUGCGCACUCGUCAAAUCAGCGCACCUGAUUUCGAAGACAGCAACAGCAACAGCAGCGAUGGCAGCUAGAAGGGGCCCAUGAUGAGUCAGUACAUGAUUGCAGUAUUUUUUCAAUUAGGUUUCUACACCAAAGUUUAGGUAAUGAGUCACGUUACUUAAGGUACAAAAUCUCGCAGUUGUGAUAGAUAUUCUAAAUUUGCUGUGAAUUUGUGGCUGACUAGUUAGAAGUAGGUUACGUUCUCUAGGAAUAUAGGUACGUUAGAGGUUAUAUUUUCUUAAAAAAUGUUGAAAAAGUGUGGCACAAAGAUAGAUACGGGUACCAUGAAUUUUUCGUUUUUUUAAAUUUUAAGAAUGUAUCGUUGUGUUCAGUACUGUAUUUUUUAAAGAAUCUGGAUAAUACGUUAAAGUGGUCGAAACAACGCAUUGUUAUAUUGUUGUUAGAUAUUUAAGGAGACAAAUAAUUUAAGUUAUAAAGAGAAGAUUUUAAAAAUAAUUGUGCAAUAUGGACUUUGUCCGAUUUGUGCAAAAAUCAGAAACAGAAGUCAUCUGAUGGUAAUGAAGUGCAAAUAAUUAUUUUUUGUGUAAGGAUUUAUUUAAGUUGGUGUGGGAUAUAAUAGUAUAAAGAGAAAUAACUGCUCUACUAAAUUUUUGUUAAUUUUUAAGUUUGUUUCAGUAAGAUCUGAGCUAUAGUAAUGUACUAUAUCGACUUAUCAGAGAAAUCAGUCAUUUAGCUAGGAUUCCUAUGUACAGAUUCCACUUUAAUGUAGUGUAACAACGUAAUAUUCAAAUGUAACAAUUAGACGCCCAACUUACUUAACUCGACUGUAUCAUUAUCAUCACAUAACAAUUACCUAUGCAUAAACGAUAUAUUUUCAUGUACUUUUAUACAUUUAAUGAUAACAGUAUCCUAUGUAACAUACGUCUUAAUAAAUUUCUUAGAUUCAUAA